AUGAUCUUCUAGUCAACCCAAAUUAAAUUCUGUUCAUUUCUUUUCAAUUAAAAAUUACUCCUUUUUAAUUACAACAAUGAAUAAAACAAAGAAAUAAUACUACUUUUGUUGGGUAGCAUCAUAUAAAAAGAACGGACAAAAAUGAUGCCAAGAACAGAAAAAAAAGAGUAGGUGGAAAAACAGGGGAAGUUAAAAACAGGGCAGAGAAAAUUUAGAAAACAGAGGAAAAUAAACAAGAGAAAAAAAAGUGUUUUUUUUUGUUUAGAGAGAUGAAAUUUGAGUUAAAGAGUUAUUUAGUUUGUGGGGAGAAAAAAUUGAGGGGUAUUGAAGUGGACCCUACUUCAUUAGAUGAUUCAAGUCACUAUAGUCUCUCUAAUGGUGUCCUUCCUUCACUUGGUGCUCGAAGUAAUCGUGGUGUUAUCCUACAUCGUUCUACUGUCUCCCCUUUUGAUCCUCGUUAUAGAUCAUGGGAGAUGUAUCUGGUUUUUUUGGUGUUUUAUACAGCAUGGGUGUCUCCAUUCGAAUUUGGGUUCCUUAAAUCCCCUAUCAAAGGACUAGCUAUAACGGAUAAUAUUGUUAACGGCUUUUUUGCUAUUGAUAUCAUUUUGACCUUCUUUGUUGCGUAUCUUGAUCCACAAACUUUUCUUCUAGUUGAUGAUCGAAGGUUGAUUGCUUGGAAGUACAUUAGAACCUGGUUUUUUUUCGAUAUCAUAUCUACAGUCCCUUCUGAACUUGCCACAAAAAUUAUACCUGAUCAUAUCCAUGCCUAUGGCCUCUUCAAUAUGUUACGUCUUUGGCGUCUACGUAGAGUUAGCAAGAUGUUCUCCAGAUUGGAGAAAGAUCGUAAUAUCAACUACUUUUGGAUCCGAUGCUGUAAGCUAGUUUGUGUCACCCUAUUUUCGGUUCAUUGUGCUGCUUGCUUUUAUUUUUUCCUCGCAGCUCAUUAUCCUGACCCGAAAAAGACUUGGAUUGGUCUAUCAUUUCCCAACUUUGAGACUGGAAAUCUGUGGCUUCUGUAUGUGACAUCAAUUUACUGGUCAAUAACCACUCUCACAACUGUUGGUUAUGGUGAUUUGCACCCUGUUAAUAUAAGGGAGAUGGUCUUUGACAUCUUCUUUAUGCUCUUUAAUCUUGGAUUGACUGCAUAUUUGAUAGGAAAUAUGACAAACUUGGUGGUUCACGGGACAAGCAAAACUAGAAACUUUAGGGACAGAAUACAAGCUGCUUCAAAUUUUUCUCUGAGGAACCGUCUUCCUGUUCGGCUCCAAGAUCAAAUGCUUUCUCACUUGUGUUUGAAAUACAGAGCUGAUUCAGAAGGGUUGCAGCAGCAGGAGAUUCUGGAAUCUCUUCCGAAGGCAAUUAAAUCAAGUAUUUCACAUUUUCUCUUCUAUUCUCUGCUUGAUAAGGUGUAUCUAUUUCGUGGAGUAUCAAAUGACCUGCUUUUUCAACUGGUUUCGGAAAUGAAAGCUGAGUACUUCCCUCCGAAAGAAGAUGUGAUUUUACAAAAUGAAGCCCCAACAGAUCUCUAUGUGCUAGUCCAUGGCGCCAUGGAAUUUAUUGUGCAGAAACUUGGAAAUGAACAGGUUGUUAAGGAGGUUAAAGCUGGAGAUGUCUGUGGGGAGAUCGGUGUUCUUUGUUACAGACCACAACUCUUUACUGUCCGAACCAAGAGACUGUGUCAACUUUUGCGUCUGAAUCGUACUGCCCUUCUAAAUCUGGUUCAGGCAAAUGUUGGAGAUGGAGCUAUCAUCAUGAAUAACCUUCUAGAGCAUUUAAAAGUUCAGGAGGAUCCAUUGAUGCAAUCUGUUCUCAGCGAUGUUGAAAAAAUGCUUGCUCAAGGACAAAUGGAUUUGCCUCUUAGUUUAUGUUUUGCUGCUGCAAGAGAAGAUGAACCAUUGUUGCAACACUUGCUGCGACGAGGUUGUCAUCCAGAUGAGAGAGACAUGAAUGGCCGCACUGCUCUGCACAUUGCAGCUGCAAAUGGAAAUGAAACUAUAGCUUCUAUCCUUCUUGCGCAUGGUGCAGAGCCAAACGUCAAAGACUCAGAAGGCAACAUUCCUCUUUGGGAUGCAAUAUUAGGGAAGCAUGAUUCCUUGAUCAAGCUACUCAGAGACCGUGGUGCUGAUCUAGCUUUAGGAGAUGUGCCUCGAUAUGCUUCACAUGCGAUAGAACAAGAUAAUUUACAGCUGCUGAAAGAUAUUGUUCGAUAUGGUGGAGAUCUGACAACGUCCAACAGUGAUGGAUCUACGCCACUUCACUUUGCAGUUUCAAGUGGGAACAUGAACAUUGUCCAAUUUAUUUUGGAGCAAGGGGGAGACAUUGACAAACCUGAUGUGGAUAAAUGGACACCAAGAAGUUUAGCAGAUUUUCAAGGGAAUGAAGAGAUAAAGGCAUUAUUUGAUUCUAAGAAAAAGGCUGGCCUGGAUCCAGCUGUUAAAUUUUCUGGUACUGCAACUGGUCCUGCUUCACGGAUCAUGAAGUAUCCAAGUACGGGUACAAUAAAUGUUCCUCCGAAUACUGUUCAGAUGACUCAAGUUGAAAAGAACCCCAGGCGCCAGGUUGAUACAUUCCAGAAUUCCCUGUUCGGGUUCGUCUCAGCUGCAACUAGAGGUGAAUCUGUUGAUCUAAACAAUUUGUCCAAUACGUUGGGAAGCCAAGCAACUAGAGUAACUCUUAGGUGCCCGGAAAAGAGCGAGGUUACAAAGCUUGUCAUGUUGCCUAAGACCAUGCAAGAACUGCUUGAAAUUGGUGGCAAAAAGUUUGGAUGCCAUUGUUCUAAAGUAGUCACUGCAGAAGGAGCUGAAAUUGAUGAGAUUGAUCUUAUCAGAGACGGCGAUCAACUUUCUCUCAUCUGUACAGACAAACAAAUUACUGAAAGCUGGUAAAUGCUAAGCUCACAAUGUUUCUUUUCUCUAGAAGACCAUCAUAUCAUCCUUGUGGAAACUCUGUUGGCAAAGCCAGCACAAAACAUAAGACCCUCUAAAAAUUUAGCCUAAGUUGGGAAGAAUUCUAUACCAAACCUCGUAAUCUAACUGGUCAUUUACCUUAGAUGACUUGGUAGUUUUGGACCUGCAUAUAUUCUCGUAAACGAGAAACAUAGAAGCAUUAAUGCAAUUGUAUUAUCAUUCGUCGACAAUACGUGGAUUACUAGCCCACUCUUUAGAUGGUUUGGGAUGUAUGUACAGGGAUAUUCGGAAUAACCUUGCUAAAAUAGGGGUGUAUCGAAAGAGAUCGAAUUCGAGUGGAUCCUCGAGUCUUCUCUCAACAAUGAAAGAAACUCUGGAGGACCCUUGAGUCGUCUGUCAACGAUAAAUAAUUCCGAAUCAUUCCAUUCUCUCUAUAGUUGUAUAAUUGUAUCACUCAUACUUUUGGAAAUGUAAACUAAAAAGUUAAUGUCAAAUGAAUUUUUCACUUCUUUGGA